GUAGACCCCGACAGACCUGGGCGCGAGGCAGGGAAGCCGCAGGAGAGUUCGAAGGACGAGAAGCCUGGAAUGCAGUCAGAGGCUGGGCCUGGGAGACCUAGCACAGGGGUGCAGCCCCAGCCCUGGCUGACAUGCAGACAAGGCCUGGGACUUAGGGGACCCAAGACAGGUGAGCGUGGCCUCCUCAGCGGGGUCAGGGUUCGGGGUUACCUAGAGGGAAGGCCAGGCAGGAGCAGCAGGAGCAGUAAAGGCUCUCUCUGCCCAGACUCUGGCCAGGGUCGGGCCCUGGAACUCUGGUUUUACCCCCGGCUCGCGCCCUCCCUGCCAAUCCCAGGUGAGGCUGCGCGUGUGUCACAAUGGGGAGCCUAUGACGGCACGCUGGCCCACCCCACCCCACGUGCUCAUCUGGAACCGCCUGUCCUACUUGCUGCCCCAUCGCGACAGUUCUUCCCCUCCAGCUCGGUCCACCACCUGCCCCCAUGCUCGAUCCUCUGUGGAACCAGGAGCUGUCCCACACCUUAUAGAGGCAUAAUUGGGAUGAGGGACAAUGACUUGCCCAGGAUCACCUCGCCAGUUGGAAAGGAGGAAACGUCCCACACCCGUGGCGCUGUCUCCGGGGGGUGCUGCGUCCAAGAGGCCCACCCGCAGGGACAUAAAACCAGAAGGAUUCAGAAGGAUCUGCCAAAGGAAAUCUGCCACCCCAUCAACGAUCGAUGAUUUCAUGUACAUAAGGGUGUUCUAGAGGAAAGAUGGCUGUCACCACCCUGCGAGGGACCCUUUCACAUGUUCUGAUAUGAUUAUCAAGGUGAAAGAAAAAUCCAUCUGGAUUCAUGCUUUCAACUGGAUUUGGAUUCCCACAAGGACUUGAAACUUAAAUCUUCUAGAAUAAAUGAUAU